AUGGGUGACCCUUGCCCCUUGGCACCCUCCUCCUGCGACUGCUUUGUUUCCCUCCCCCCAGCCUCUGCUGCCAGAGAGGUCAUCUUCGGCAAGAAUUCCGACCGGCCGAAGGACGAAGUCCAGGAAGUGGUCUAUUUCCCAGCUGCCACUCACGCCAAGGGGGCCAAAGUCCAGUGCACGUACAUCGAAGUAGAUCAGAUAGAGAAGACCCACGCUGUCGUCCUGAGCCGACCAGCCUGGCUAUGGGGAGCGGAGAUGGGCGCCAACGAACACGGCGUCUGCGUCGGCAACGAAGGAGUGUGGACUAAGGAGCCGGUGGGGGAGGAGGAAGCAUUGCUAGGCAUGGAUCUGGUCCGGCUGGGCUUGGAAAGGGGCAGCAACGCGCAUGAAGCGCUUCGGGUCAUAACCGCUCUCCUGGAACGUUAUGGGCAAGGGGGCCCGUGCAAGGAGGAGCCAGCCCCGUUUGUUUACCAUAACACCUUCCUCCUGGCGGACCGUACCGAAGCCUGGGUGUUGGAGACGGCUGGAAGGUUUUGGGCCGCUCAAAGGAUUCGAGAAGGUGCCCGGAACAUCUCCAACCAGUUGAGCAUUGAUACAGACAUUACCGCCGAACACCCGGAUUUAAGGCCACAUGCCCGGAGACAGGGAUGGUGGGACGGCGAAGAGGAGUUCAGCUUCGCAAAAGCGUUCUCGCUCGUUCAUCAGCCGGUCCGCAUGGAGGCAGCCAAAGCGCGGUAUUGCGCUGGCCGGCAGCUGCUACACCAGCAUUCAGGGCAGAUCUCCGCGGGCACCAUCAUGGCCAUCUUGAGAGACAAAGCCAGUGGGAUCUGCGUGGAUUCGGCAGGGUUCGCCACUACAGGAAGCAUGGUGUCUGUCCUUCCACAGGACGCCCACCUGCCGUGCAUUCAUUUCUUCACGGCCACCCCAGACCCUUCCAGGUCUGUCUUUAAACCCUUCGUCUUUGUUCCUGGCAUCACUCCCUUCCACCAAGUGGAGGCGCCAAGGUUUGGCGACAAAGACCCCAUCAGGGAGAGCCCUCGGUUUCAGAGCCGGGUUGACCGGCGACACGAACUCUACAGGAGGCAUCAGCUAACCCUGGAAACUGUGGAUUCUCAUCAGGGUGAGCGUCAGAAAAUGCAGGAAUGUCUGCAAGGACUUGAACAGCGGGCCCUCAAGGCGAUGCAGAACUUGCUAGCGGGCUCCUUCGCGCCGAGACCCCAGGAGCUGGCUGACCUGUUCUUUGACUGUGUGAAUGCAGAGCUCCAGUUCUAUCAAUGA